AUGUCUGAAAAUCUAGAGACUCAGACUGUUCCAAGCAUCAUCCCCACUGUGUCAUCACCCAUUGAAACCUCAGUCCUAGAACCUACAAUCCUUACACCAUCUAGUCCAAACCCUAAGCUAGAGUCACAACCACCUACUAGUUCCUCUCCAACUCAGUUGAGCACUGGCUCUCAUAGGAGUCGCAAAACCUCGGCUCCCAAGAAAUUUGUGGCAGCAAUCUCUCCUUCUGUAUCAUUGGAAAAAAUGGUAGAAGCAGAUACAGUGGCAAAAAAAGACAAUCAGGAAAUUUCUAGUCGACCAGUGGAAGAAUGUUCUGAGAUGCAAGGAGUGAGUUAUAACAGCGAUGAAUCGGCAAAGACUACCCUAGGUCUUGAUUUGAAUCUCGCCGAGUCUACAAGUAAUGCUCUUCUUAUGUCUUCUGAGUUUACUUUGGGUUUGCAAGAACAAGAGGCAAUAGAGAAUAUGUUGUCAAUCGCUGCUGAGGGCUGUGUAGUUGACAGUACUACUGGGGAACUUCCUGAGGGACCUGAUCCCUCCACACAAGAGGAGCACUAUGCUCCUACUUGGGAUGAAACUCCCUAUUCUUCUAAAGAACCCCAGGUCAGUACUGAUCCCGCUCCCUUUCCUCAUUUCUAUGCUGAGCCAUUGGCCAUUGUUCCUCCCGAGAUGAGAUCUCUAUCUGAGGAGAAAAAUGAAGGGAGUGAAGAAGACUAUGACAAUGUGGCUCUUGCGAGCUUCAUCAGGGCUAGGAGUAGUCAAGAAACUCCCCAAGAGUCAACUUCUAAGAGACCUAUUACUAGGUUGCAGAAGAAGGAAGAACUUGAGUCAGUUUUACGUAAAAGUAAAAAGCAAAAGAAGAAGAGGAGAUUGGUGAAAGAUGGAAAGGUUGUAAAUGAGAAGGUAGUGCCUCCUACACUAGUUGUUGAUGUUGAUGAUGAGGUAGAAGAGGAACCUGGUUCCUUGGUUCGUAAGUCCUCAAAGAAACUUACUCUUCCAAAGUCCAAAAGGGAGUCAUCUGUGAGUGAAAUGGACUUGAGCAAGGUUGAGGGUGAAAAAUCUUGUGAGAAAGUAGGUGAGAAAUCUGGUGAGAGAGUGGUUGAGGAGUCUGGGAAGAAAGUGACUGAAGAGUUGGUUGAACAAGUGUCUGAGAAAAUGGUGUCUGAGAAAUCUGUUGAGAAAAGAAAAAGUGCAAGACAAUUAGUGAAAAGGAAGGCUAGUGCCAAUGAAGAACCUGGUUCCUCCAAGAAGGCCAAGGUUGGUGCAACCCAGGAUGCUGGAAGGGAAAAAUUGAGAAUCCAAAAAGUACUGUGGGGCCAUAUAUUUGCCCCUGAUAUUCUGGAUAUGUCAGGAAUGCGCCAAUUGGUGGAGAUAUGUGAAUUCUAA